CGGCGGAGCCAGCGCGGAUCGGCCCAGCAUGGAGGGGACGCGGCGCGCCCUGCUCCACCUCGCCGCCGCCUGCUGCCUGCUCUGCGCCCUGCCAGGAGAGGCUCAGAAGACAGGAGAGGCCUUGGUGUCACCAUCACCUUCUCCUAGCUCAGCGCUAACCUCACCAAGGGAAGCCCCUGCCUUCAGUCUGGUCACUACUGCCAUUCCUCAGACAAGCCUGGAGAAAAACUUGACUGCUGCAACGCUCAGCGCCACUGGGGCCCAGGCUACAGAGGUGAAUGAUGCCUUCAUCCCCACCACCUCCAUGGCAGGCUCCGAGGCAGAGAGACUGCAGGCUUCUACUGCUGCCAGUCCUGGGAACAUCACAGUCACACAUCCUGAGCAUGACAACAUGAGCUUGUCAGUCAACAGCAGCACUGAAAUCCCCUCCCCUACCUUGACUGCCAGCACUCUGGAAGAAAAGCAGCCCAGCCAUGAAGCCACAGAGCCUUUCAGCACGACUGAAGAAGCGGAUGAUGCCAGCAGUGCAACCCCCACGCCUCCUCUGAACACUGUGCCGGCAACAACUAACAGCUCUCAGUCAGGGCUUUUGGAUGGGCAGACCCUGGGGUCCACAGCAGCAAGGUCUGAAACCAAGCCAGGAACGAGCCCUGUGGGUGCCACAGAGGAGAGCACCGUGGAGCCCAGAACUUCCUCUGCUCCCAUCUCCACUGUACGGAGCACAUCCUCUGCUGCUGCCUCCAGUGCUGUGCCAGGAACACCCCUUGUGAGCAGCUCCACACCUGCCAGCACAGCUGCCAUCCCCACCAGCACACCCACACUGGCACAGUCAUUGGAGCCCAGGCACGAGAAGGCUUCUGUGGUGAAUGUUGGUGAUGAUGACAAUUCAGAGCUACCCAGUUUGGCUGGCAAAACGAGGGCUGAUCCCUUGGUAAUCACUGUGAUCUCCGUCUUCAUUGUCAUGGUGGGCAUUCUGGGCCUGGUGGGCUUCUUGCGAUACCGCCAGCACAACAACCGCAUGGAAUUCCGGCGCCUGCAGGACCUGCCCAUGGUCCCUCUCCUUCCAUCCAAGGUUUGAAUCAAGACAGCAAGUCUCAAGGCUGGGCACUAAAGAAGCUCUCUGCCUUCCCCUCACUCUGCAGGGGAAUGCUGAGAGGUUAGAGAGAGGAAGGCGAGCUCCAUCCAGGCUUGUCCUGAAAUGACACCUUCCUAACCUCUCCUCCUGUUUUCUGAUAUAUUUGCUUUGUAACUAUGACAAAGCAGAUUUUAUGCUUUGUUCCAGGGAGGUUGUCUGUUUGUCUGUCUGUGUUUGACCCUUUGGGAAUAUAAAAAUAUAUGAGGGUUCCAGAGGCUGGACUAGCUCUGGGGAAGCUGCAAAUAACUCCCUGAACUUUCUGGGAUAGAGGAGUACUGCAGCUAGCAAGCAAGCUGAUGCUGUUUCAAGCUGAGUGGAGUUUUCAACAGCCACAGUUUUCCACAUCCCUUCAGCAGGCAGGCAGUUCCUGCACACACCUCUUCUCUCCAAAUGCUGCAGCAGGAGGGAGACUGACAGUUCAAAGAUCCAGGAACUGCACAGUGACAGCAUUUAGGUGGAUGGAUGGGCAGAUGGCCACAGUGUGAUGGUGUGGCUGAGAAAGCUGUGCUGCCUGCACAGGCUGGGACCAUGAUGCCAUCGUGCAGACAUCUCAUUAAAGCACCCUCUUCUCUGCUUCUAGGAUGACAUGAUGGAGGACACCCCUCUCUCCCUCUACAGCUACUAGGCAACCAGGCUGUCCACUGCCUAGAG